UAGCGCGUUGCGUGGGCUAGCUGUAGCAUCGUUAGCCGUGUAGCGGGGCUGGUGUAGAGGGUGUCGGAGGAUUCCCGAAAUAUCGACGCAGAUCGACAUUCAUGAGAGGAUUUUAUUAAUGCUCUGUGUUAUGUCUGUGAAGAGCCCAUCAGACCUGCACAAUGAAAACACCUACAUCCCACCUUCACUGACCCUUGACCUCUGCUUAUCACAUGAAAGAAAGUUGGGCCUGACAGAUACUCGUGGGUCAAAUCCUUUCUCUCUAAAGAGUCAACUUAAUUACGGCAGCACAACCUCCAUUCAGCCCCUCAAAGGCAUUAUGGGAGGACUAGACGAUGAUGAUGUAUCCCUCCGGCACCAGGAAGAUGAAUGGAGCAGAAAUCAGGAGAAUGAACACAGUCUUCCAGGCUCCGAGAGCAACGCCAAGUGGAUGAAGGAAGAUCAGAAUCAAAUAUGCAAGUUAGCAGAGCAGCAGCAGCAGCAAGACCAGAAUCUUAACCUGGUUGAAAACAAGAAUGAAACCACUGACAGAAACCCAAACCAGAACUCACAGCAGCACCAUGAAGAGAAGAACAAGACCCUGAAAGCUCUCUGCUCUGACCACAGUUGGGCAGCUGAUGAACCUCUUCUGAUUUACACUCUGAUGGAGAAGAAUCAAGAAAACCAAGAGGAGACAAGAGAAGAGAAAAAUUUAAAUCCCACUGGAGGCGAGAACACCAAUUCAUCUGAGAUUCAGAAGAUAGGAGGUGAAGGUGGCAGCAGAAAUGCUUGUUUGCUGUUCAGUAAGCACGGCAUUCCCAGUGAUGAGGACUCCAGCUGCAUGUCGCUGUCACAGGGAAGCACUACAAGCAGCACCCCAGAUGGAGAGCCAGGUGAGUCAUGCAACAUGGCAGAUGAGCACAGAAAAAAAAUGGCAAGAGUGGUCUGGGGCGUGUCCGCUGGCGGCGAUGAAACCACGCCCACUCGCGGAAAAGCUGCCGUCUCUCUCUCAACUAUUACAUGGAGCGGUGCUUCUCAUCCAAACACAUUCAGUGAGGAAGAGCACUGGCAGAAGGAGGAUGUGGCUUCUGAUGAAAGUCUGAAGGAGUUUGAGGGAGCGACUCUACGUUAUGCCUCCAUCAAUCUCAGUUUUUCUCAGUCUGAGGAGGAAGAGGAACAGACCUAUUUCAGCAGCAAUGAGGGGGCAAAGUGUUUUGCAGUGCGCUCUCUGGGCUGGGUGGAGAUAUCAGAAGAGGAGAUGGCUCCUGGCAGGAGUAGUGUUGCCGUUAAUAACUGUAUCCGACAGCUGUCCUACCAGAAACACAAUCUAGAUGACACCGCUGGCAUCUGGGGCGAGGGGAAGGAAAUGCUUCUGGUGCUGGAGAAUGAGACUCUGAACCUGAUCGAGCCUCGCGGUCGAACGCUGCUGCACUCUCAGCCGAUCAUCAGCAUUCGUGUGUGGGGCGUCGGACGUGACGAUGGCAGGGAGAGGGACUUUGCAUAUGUGGCACGAGACAAGUUGACUCACAUGCUCAAGUGUCAUGUAUUUCGGUCUGACACCCCUGCAAAGAACAUCGCCACUAGCCUCCAUGACAUCUGCUCUAAGAUAAUGGCCCAAAGGAAGUCAUCCAGCAGACAGAACACUGACCCCUCAAGACUUGGGGACCUCCCUUUCCAGGAGUUCCCAGCUCCCAAGAACGAGCUGGUCCAGCGCUUCCAGGUGCAGUACUUGGGUCGUGUGCCGGUGACAAAGCCAGCUGGCAUGGAUGUGAUUAAUGUAGCAUUGGCGACUGCUCUUAACAGCAAAGACAACUGGACACCUGUGACUGUGAACGUGGCGUCCGCUACACUCUCUAUUCUGACUUCUGAGACGGAGGAAGUUCUUUCUGAAUGUCGUGUGCGUUUCCUGUCAUUUAUGGGAGUCGGGAAGGAUGUGCACACGUUUGCGUUCAUAAUGGCAGAGCGACCUGGAGACUUCAUAUGCCACAUGUUCUGGUGUGAUCCAAACGCUGCGAGUCUAAGUGAGGCCGUACAGGCCGCGUGUAUGCUGAGGUAUCAGAAGUGUCUGGACGCUCGGCCCCCCAGCGGUGGCAGCUCUUGUCUGCCCGGCCCGCCUGCUGACUCCGUCGCCCGCAGGGUCGGAUCCAGUGUGAAGAAGGGUGUUCAGAGUCUGCUGGGUAGCUUCAAGAGGUCUGGAUCACAGACACCCUAAAAAGGAAAACACUUCCUCCGCAGCGCUCACUGCAAAUAUGUGUUUGUCCUGUGUGUGUUUGUGUGUGUUUAUGGGCCUAAAAUUAGAGGGUCCUUCACAACACUUCAACUGUCCUCCUGCGGUUAGCGUGCAAUAAGAACCAGAGGACACACAAGUUACAUUGCCAGAUAUUCCAUCGUUACACAUUACAUCUUCAUUUGCUUUUUCUGUGUGUGUUUACAUUAGCAGAUGUACUGUAGAGGUGAUUUAGCACUACUGGGUUUGAAUGUGAUUUACCUAGAUUGGAUUUUCAGUGUAAUUGAUGUUAUGUGGACUACACUCUCUAAUGACACUAAACAUUACGCAUGCUAUCAAAAAACACUAAAAUUAGCUUAUAUACUAUGCAAUGUGCUUUUUUUAUUUGUUCUUCCUCCUCUGGCUUUGCAUUGUGACACACUGAGCUAGCUUUGACUGCUUUUCUUUUCUUCUGAAGAAUUGAUCACUCUUCCCCAAACUCAGCAUAGAGGCUGAACCGUGACUGAAAUCAGUAGCAAACCCAGAGUUAGCAACAUCUGUGUGCUGUUUACCCUAAAAACACACAGUCACUGUCAUGUUCCAAACCUGCAUGCAUUCCAGAAGUCUGUUUUUGGCUCCACUGACUUUGACUUUAUGAAAAAAGGUGCAGUUCCACAUAUAUUCGACUUGCCUUGCUUACUGCAAGUCACAAAGCCUUUUAAUUUCUUCCAUUAUAUUUGAUAUUGAUUUUCGUUAAAAAUUAACUGAUGUUACACAUUACUGUAUGUUUACCCACUCUUGUCAGUUUGUGAAUUUAAUUCGACCAUUUUAUUCAUUUGUAAAAUUAACAUAUCCUAGUCUUCCAAAGCGGAUUUGCUCGUUAAGAAAGCCUCGCUUUAAAUGAGCACUUUUAUUUUUUAUUUUUUAAUCUUUAUUUCUUUUACAUUUUUGUGCGUGUGUUUUGAUAUGUUGGAUGUCUUUAUCUGGAUGAAAAAAAAUCAUUUUUGAUCAUGAUCAAAAACACAAACUUAACAUCAGCAGUGUGUUUAACAAAGCAUGUGGCCUACGCUGGUUCUCUCGAGGGUGCUCUGCGUUUGUUCCUGUGCAGUUUGUAUACUGGUGUCACUGAAAAGGGUUUUUUUUUCGUCCCUCUUUUAAAUUAUAUAUUGAAGUCUACUGAUUAUCUGCAAAUAUUUACACGUUCUGUAUUUGGGGGGGAAAAAUUCCUUGGAAAUGUAUCUUAAAUGCUUUGCAACGAUGGAUGUCUUGCUGUAUGUAGAUUUUCUUUUCUUUCAAAUACACAUUGUAACAUAUUACCAUGUCUUUUAACUUUUAAGAAUGUGUCGAAAUCAUAAAUAUGUUCUUUGAUUGUUCCAGUUAAUUUACAUACUGAAUGUAAUACACUAAUAGGGCCAGACAGCUAAAUUUUUAUUAGUUUUUCUGUCCCAUUUUCAUGUCUAAUUACACCUGUCGUUAAAGGGAAUUUUUUAAUGCACUUGUUUUUUUGUUUUUUAUUUUAUGAAGCUGUCUCGUGUACCUGAAUGCUUCAUCUUGGCCCUGUUUAUUCUAAUGCUUUGUGUGUAGGUCUAGAUAAUGUAAUGUGAUGCUUAAAAUGCAGUUGUGUUGGUAACACUCUAGAAAAUCUUUAUAGAAGAAUAAGCAUUCAUGUACAUGUAAAUGUUCUGCAUUACAUCAAGAAAUGGUAGCAAAGAAAAUGUCCUUUUUUCAAUUAAAUACCAUGAGGGUACUUUAUGUUUGUGUGCCAAAAAGCACAGCUAUAAAAUCACUAACUUGAAAUGUUACUUCGCUGAUUGGUAAAAUGGUAGAAAUGCUUCGAUUAUAUUUGCUUUUCAAAAUAAGGCAAAUUUUUAACUUUGAUAUUCUGAAAAUUUAAGGUUCACUCCUAUAAACGUUAUCCCUUAAGUAGGAUGAUUUUGCCAUCACAUUUUUUUAAGGAGAGUUGAGAAGUUAUUAUUAAAAUGUAAAUUGGAUGUCAUAUAGAUGCAUAUAAUGUGACUUGAUGGAAUAAAAUGUUGAAAAUGCA